CAUAUGGGCCGCCAUUUUAUGCAGGGCCCACUCUCCCAAAGCGGGAGAAAAUUUUAAGGCUGGUGCUUAGCUCGCUCGUACAUCGGCAGCAGGAUUGAAGGGAUCAAGGGUACUCAUUCGUCUUCCAAGUGAAUAUAACCAGAAUCAGAAGCAGUGAACGGGUGCUGCGGGGCCCAUUGCCAUGGAGGGCGAGGUUGUUUCCAUGGAUGCUGCUGUUGAUGGAAAAGUCCUAUCAGAGGGUGGAGAGGCUCUGUUACAGGGCACAGCUGUAGCUCAGCAGGGAGAGGUGACUGGCAACAUGGAGAUGAUGGUCAUGGAUGCACUAGACCCAACUCUUUUACAAAUGAAGACUGAAGUACUGGAAGGGGGCGGCACUGUAACCGUAACUGGUGGAGAUGAAGGUCAAAUCAUUACACUUCAGGUAGUUAACAUGGAGGAGCAGGCUGGUGCUGCUUUGGGACUUGGGCAGCUUCAGUUGGUGCAGGUGCCCGUCUCAACUACAACAGUUGAGGGUCUUCAGGCAACUUAUGUUGAGGCUACUGCGGCUAACAAGGAUGCAGAACCUGUCAUAUGUCACACACUGCCUUUGCCUGAAGGCUUUCAGGUGGUGAAAGUAGGUGCCAAUGGUGAAGUGGAGACUGUGGAGCAUGAGGAACUCCAGGCAACCCAUGAGGAACUUCAGGAAGCAGCAGAAGAGGAAGAGGAUGAGAACAUUGGAGAGGAGAUGCCCCCUCAGGACCAGGAAGACCCAGAUUAUCAGCCCAUUACAACUGUCCGCAAAGUAAAGAAGGGAAAGAAGAGCAGAUUGCGUUAUGCUGAGGGGGACAGAGACAUGGAUGUGUCUGUGUAUGACUUUGAAGAAGAGCAGCAAGAGGGGCUGCUGUCUGAAGUGAAUGCUGAGAAAGUUGUUGGCAACAUGAAACCACCUAAGCCCACAAAAAUAAAGAAGAAAGGUGUUAAGAAGACCUUUCAGUGUGAGUUGUGUAGCUACACUUGUCCUCGUCGCUCUAACCUGGACCGUCACAUGAAGAGCCACACAGAUGAAAGGCCACACAAAUGUCACUUGUGUGGAAGGGCCUUUAGAACAGUCACGCUGCUCAGAAACCACCUCAACACUCACACAGGUACACGGCCUCAUAAAUGCACUGACUGUGACAUGGCUUUUGUGACAAGUGGAGAGCUGGUCCGCCACCGUCGCUAUAAACAUACACACGAGAAGCCAUUCAAGUGCUCGAUGUGCGAUUACUCUAGUGUGGAGGUCAGUAAGCUGAAAAGGCAUAUUCGUUCCCAUACUGGAGAGAGGCCUUUCCAGUGCGCUUUGUGCAGUUAUGCGAGCAGAGACACAUACAAGCUAAAGCGACACAUGAGGACUCAUUCAGGUGAAAAGCCCUAUGAGUGCUACAUUUGUCAUGCACGGUUUACACAGAGUGGUACUAUGAAGAUGCACAUUCUCCAGAAACACACAGAGAAUGUGGCAAAAUUCCACUGUCCACACUGUGACACGGUUAUUGCGCGAAAGAGUGAUCUUGGUGUACAUUUGAGGAAGCAGCACUCAUUUAUUGAAACUGGGAAAAAGUGCCGUUAUUGUGAUGCUGUGUUCCAUGAGAGAUAUGCUUUAAUUCAGCACCAGAAGACUCAUAAGAAUGAGAAACGCUUCAAGUGUGACAUGUGUGACUACUGUUGUAGACAGGAGCGUCACAUGGUGAUGCACAAGCGAACACACACUGGAGAGAAGCCGUUUGCUUGUAGUCAGUGUGAGAAGACUUUUCGGCAGAAACAGCUCCUGGACAUGCACUUCAAGCGCUACCACGAUCCAAACUUUGUUCCUACAGCAUUUGUAUGUAGCAAAUGCAGCAAAACAUUUACCCGCAGAAACACCAUGCUUCGCCAUGCUGACAAUUGCACAGGUGAAAAUACAGGUGAUGAAAAUGGAACUCCACCCAAAAAGGGACGUCGGGGGCGGAAGAGGAAGAUGCAGUCAAAGAGGGAUGAUGAUGAUGAGGAGGAUGAUACUGAAAUGGAGGAGGAGGAUGAGGAGGAUCUCCUUGCUGAGAUGGAGAUGGAACAGGCUUCACCAGUUGCUCCUGUACCAGCCCCAGAGCCCCCAGUUAAGAGGAAACGUGGAAGACCCCAAAGAACAAGCCACAAGCUGCUGCCAUCAUUCGGGUGGAGGAUGAGGUCACUGGGGAAGUGAAUGAUAUUAUUGUGAAGAAGGAGGUAGGAGCGGAACAGGAAGAUGACAUCGCAGAAGAGGUGAUUGUUGGUGAAGGAAACGCUACAAUUCAGAUGGAAGAGCUGUCCCAAGUGGAAGAAGCUGUGCAGGAUCCGCAGUUGACAGA